ACCACCACCACCCCCGUCGCGCACGCUGAGGGCACCCCCCCCCACUCACCCCCUCCCUCCCGGGUAGCUGGGCGCCUCGCGGAGCUGAGGAGGCGGUGGUGGUGGUGGUAGCGGUAGCGGUGGUGGCGGUGUCUGUGUCAGCGGCCGCGACGCUACCCUCCGUACAACAGCCCCACGCCACCGAAACCCACCGACGCGCGCGCUCUCGCCGCCUCGGGCUUCGCUCUCGCCGUUGCAUUCCGCCGAUUAAUUUAAAGAUCGUUCGCUCGCGUUAUUAUUAUUAUUAUGCUUCGCUUCGAAGGCUCGCGGGCGGCUCACGGGCGGGCGAAAGGCUGAAGAGAGAGGCGAAGAGAGAGGGAGGGAGGGAGCGGUGGUGGGGCCGUCCGGGACCCACGCUAAUUUCACGGCGUUAAUUAACGAGAGCUGGCUGGGGGGUGGGGGGUGGUCGUUGUUGUUAAAUUCGCCUGCGCUCCGCCGCCGCCGCAGCCGCGCGUGCCGACAAUGAAAUACAAGCCCAACCAGACGCGGACGUUCGACGGGGACGGCUACAGGAAGAGAGCCGCGUGCCUGUGCUUCAGGAGCGAGUCGGAGCAGGAGGUGCUGCUGGUGAGCAGUAGCCGGUACCCGGACAAGUGGAUCGUGCCGGGCGGCGGCAUGGAGCCCGAAGAGGAGGCGGGCGUGGCAGCCAUGCGGGAGGUCUACGAGGAGGCUGGAGUGAAGGGAGACCUGGGGCGGUUACUGGGAGUGUUUGAGAACCAGGAGCGCAAGCACCGCACCUACGUGUACAUCCUGAUCGUCACGGAGAUCCUGGAGGACUGGGAGGACUCCGUGAACAUCGGUAAGGAAACGCAUGCUCCGUCAGCCGCCGCCGCCGCCGCAGCCACCGGCCGCAAGCGGGGCUGGUUCUCCGUGGACGCGGCCAUCGAGUGUCUGCAGGGUCACAAGCCCGUGCAGGCCACGUACCUGCAGAAGCACAAGCAGGGUGGCCCAGCAGGGGUGGACAGCGCCACCGUUAACAACGGCGCCACCCCCGUCGCCACGGCAACCGAAGACAAGGCCGCCACCCACCCCAUCGCUAGCACGCCCGACGUCAGAUGAUAGCGGCGAUGAGCGCGAGCACCUUUAACGGCGACGGAGAUUGAGCGAGGAGGGGGAGGAGAUGGUGUGAAUUACAGGCACGCGUUGUCACUUGCGAUGUUAAUGUUCGUAGCGCGAUAACAAACAAAAAACUAAACAGUGAUGCGGAGAUGAGAAUAUUAUCAGCAGCUCGGGACAGGAAACGUUCAAUUGUAUUUUAUAAUGUAAUGUACAGAGGCUUGCAUGGAUGUUGCCAGUAUUGAAUUUGCACAGGCGUUAUUAUUAUUAUUUGUCGUUGUUCUUGUCUUUAUUUUCGUGAUUUUGCGUUUCCCGUCAUUUUAUUUUAGAGAGUGGUUUUUAAUUUCUUAUUGUCGAAGUUACUGCUGCUGUUUCACCGCAUGACGAAGUUAAUUAUACUAAGCCAUACUCUUGGGUUUUGUGAUUUUAUUUAAUUUUCUCUCCAAAUGUCAAUUUUACGCAUUUUUUCUCUCUCUGCACAAAGCAACAAAAGUAUCUCACUCCAUGAUCCACUCACUCCAGUUGUGUGGCACUCCAUGCCGGGAUUUUCAACUUCCCUGAAAAAAAAGUUAACUUAUCAGUAUAUAGGUGAAAUGUUGUUGAGCGCCCGUGUAAUAUAACACUACUAAAAAAAAUGUGUUUAAACAUUUACGCGCAACACUC